AUGGUGAAAGCCACUGCCAGUCUGGACGAAAGCUGCUCCCCAGACAUGGUCGACGCCAAGAGCGUCGAGUACGACCCAAACGACCGGUUCUACAGCAUCUUGCAGGAGAUGGAGGCGCUUCCCCCGACUCCUGCGUUCUACGGCCCCCACAAGGCGCUGUGCAGCGACGCCGGUCGAAGGAACCGCAACUACCGCUACUGCCUUCCCAUUACAGGUCGCAAAGCUGUGAACUUUUGUGCGGGCGCUGACCGCAUGGAGCUUCUAGCUCACCAGUCCCCGUCGACGAGGUGCUACGCCAGCGUCCUGCACAUGCUGCUCACCGACGUCUACAACGAGCUUAAAGCGGUCGGAUCCGACCCCAUUCUAACGUUUGGGACGCUGCUGGGCGCCAUUCGCAAUGGAUCCAUGAUCCCCUUCACUGAAGACGUCGACAUCGCGUACUCCGGCUCAAUCAGCGCCAAUGGAGCCCUAAACGAUGCGCUCUGGAAGAAAGGUUACCACCUCUUCGACUACGGCAUUUGGCGCGUGUGCGUGGCUCCGACGCACCCCCUUGCUAGUCACUUGUACGACCCGGACGCCCCACUCGCGGACGACUACAAAAUUCCCUACGUGGAUCUCUACCGAAUGGCGAAAAAUGACGAUGGCGAGUCGUGGACGAUGCAGGAGUUCAAAGGUUCGCUACCCACUGACCGCGUCGAGCCGUUCUCUCAGAUCUCCAUCAACGGGUUGCCUUUCAACACUCUUCACGACCCAAAGUACCUGCUAGAAGAGGAAUAUGGAGAGGGCUAUCUCGCGCCCAAGCCUCGCCAACCCGAAGACGCGUUCCCCGAGGAGACGAAUACUGACAAGACAGCGCGGGUCGUGGCGGGCAAGAAGAAGAAAAGCCAAAGCUUCAGCCUGGCAGACGCGAUAAUCAAGAGGCUUGGGGGCGGAAGGUAA